AUGACAUCAACGUUACUAGAACAAUCAACUAAUAACGAAUCAACUUCUAAUAAACUCUACGAUUUAUGUAGAGGAAAUCAAAUUAAAAAAGUUCAAAUUUUAUUAACAACAAUUGUUGAUAUCCAUAUUGUGAAUACAAUUAAACAUCCAUCUGGUUCAACAAGUUUACAUGUUGCAAGUUAUUAUGGCCAUAAAGAAUUAGUGCAAGUUUUAUUAGAUUUUGGUGCAUUGCCUUCGAUUAGAAAUUUGCGACAUAAUUUAACACCAUAUGAAGAAGCAUACACCGAUGAUAUCAAACAAUUAUUUAUUAAUAACCGAAUAUUUUAUUCUGAAAUGGAUUAUGAUCAUAUUCAAUGGUCAAUAACUGGUCAUGAUUUAAUUGAAAAACGACGAGAAUUUCGAGAAAUUAUUCAUUUAUAUAGAUCGUAUGAUAAUCAUCAUCCGAUAGUAUCGAAAUUAUUAGCUGAAGUCAUACACUAUUAUUUAAAUGAAUAUUUAAAGAAAAUUUCUCCUACCGGUAACCCUCAAGAUCGGAUUACUGAAGAACAAAUUAAAGUUAUCGAAGAUUAUUUUCGUAAAGCUAUAGACGAAAAAGACUAUUUAACGUAUUUCAUUAAGAAAUUGUUCGUUAUGGAUGGUCGUAGAAAACCGUUAGAUUUUUAA